UCGGUCUCAUCCUGGUCAAUGAGCCCAUCAGAUGAGUAUUGUCCGGAGCAUUGAUGAAUAUUUAACCGAGCCUAUGUCGAGCGAUGACAAUCAGAUGAGCAAGAAGCGGAAAAAAAUCAAAAUUCAUAAGGGAAAAUUAAAUCGCUAACUCGACACUAAAAUUUUACAUCGAUGGAUCAAUCAAUGUCGUUGAAAUAUCUCCGCAUGAGACUAAAGAAGCUCAAUGUAAAAUUGCUGCGCAAGAGAAUGAUGGUGUUACUGGAAAAAUUAAAACUCUAAAUUUAAAAGUGUCUGGAUGUGGUUAAACUCGUUGUUAUUUAUGAGACAGUGGGCUUAUGAAGCACUAGAUUUUUCUUUAUCGCCGUAAAUACGAUAAUCGCUGAGGCCAUCGACCGAGUGCCUUCAGCUAUGCACACGGUUCAAUUUAACGGUUCAUAAGUUGAUGAAAAAAUCCGGAAAAUUCUGUAUUGAAGGGGAUGAUUGCAGGUGACAUUAAAUGCACGGAAAUUCACGGAAUUUCUUCUGCAGUCUGGAAAUUGAUUCAUUAAGUCUAAUGAAAUGACAGUUCUUGAAUAGUAAUACGAUUUGAGUGCUGCUCUAUAGUUUUCUAAAUAUUUUUUGUGAACAAUUGCUUCAAUGUCAAAAUGUGUAAAUGCUGGUGGGAAAUUUACCGAUGACUGAGGAUGAUUUCUCGUUAUAUUUUGGUGUGAGAAUUCAACGAGACAACGAUAUUACGUGUAAUCAGUCCUUGAUUGCUGUCGAAGGGGAGUUAUCCCUGGAAAUUUAAAUUUCAAAAUUAUUUGGACUCAUCAAUUACACCAGAAGUCUUGCUAUCGAUCUCCUGGCAGUGAUUAAGAAAAUUUUCCGUAAUGGAGAGGGUGGCUCGGGCGUAAAUAUGAGGGGUGAUAAAUAAGGAUACAAUGGAAAGGUGCGCGUACAGCAUCGAGUGAAAGUUGAUUAAGGGGAGAAGUUUUUUUUGUGUCGGCUGAGGUCGGAAAAUUGAUCUGAAAGGUGCACCAUGGAAACCUCUCCGACAUUGAGUAUCGGUGGAUCAAGGGCGAGAGCAGCAUUGCUGGCAACAACCACCACAACUGGAACAACUGACAGACGAGUUGUUUUUCUCGCCAGUUCACCGGGUGCAAGCAGUAACCACGAGACAAGAACAUGGCCUCAUAAUUGGUCCCCGAGUGCGACUGGACAUCAUUACAAAUCGCCGGAGGCAUCCCCUCAUACUGAAUACAAAUUGAGAAUGCCUAGAGGACAAACAAAUUGGUCGGAUGAGGCGGGCAAUUCAAACAGUAUAUCGAGGCAGAGUAGAUCACCCAGACAAGCCUCACCCAGUUCAAGAACGUGCACACCUCAGCACGAUGACUCGCACCAUCCGCCCUCCUGCAAUGGCUUCCGAUUCGGUGUCUACGGCUGGCGGAAGAGAUGUUUGUACUCUCUAGUGCUUGGGCUCAUGAUUAUGGUUGUACUCAAUCUCGCAUUGACUCUGUGGCUCCUCAAAGUCAUGGAAUUCAGUUCUGAGGGUAUUGGCUCGCUGAAGGUUGUACCGGGUGGUGUUGAACUGAGGGGUCAAGCUGCUAUUUUAGAUGCCCUCAUUGCAUCAAGUGUGAGGUCAAGAAGAGGUAGAAAUUUAGUGCUUGAAUCAUGGGGAAACUUUACUGCUUCAGCAAGAUCCCACGACGGACGUUUAUUAGCUAGAUUUACGCUCGGUGAGGACCGAGUUGACUGCAUAUCGAAGGGCUUUCGGAUAACAGAUCCCCGAGGCGAAGUGCUUUUUUCCGCAGACCGGGAGCAAGUUGUCGUGGGAGCGUCGAUGCUGAAGGUAACGGGCGUCGGGGGUGCAGUCUUCCGUGGAAGCGUGCAGACUCCUCUGGUACGAGCCGAGUCGGGGCAUGGCCUCAGAUUGGAAUCAGCGACACGAGCAUUGGAGAUAAAAGCACCAGAGCGUGUGGUAAUAGAGUCUCGCGCCGGUAAUAUAACAGCAUCAAGCCUGUCACACCUGACACUCCAGAGUAUCGAGGGUGCAAUCAAGUUCGACGCCAAUUCAGUCUUCCUCAAGGGUCUCAAAGUUGGUGGUACAAUUCAGAGACACAAUGCUAAAGAACAACAACGACCAAGAAACAGUAGAUCAUCGAGUGAUCAGAGAGACUCGAGUGUUUAUCAACUCUGCACAUGCGCCAAUGGAAAAUUGUUCCUAGCAAGACCAGAAGGCAUUUGCCAGGCAGACAAGAAUGUCUGCUAAUGUCGACUGAGGGCGAUCCCAACUGGGGGGGAUUCGCGCCAUUACUAUUCCUUUACCGUAUUUCCAGAUGGUGUGUUCAAUCAAUUCUGUAGGUGAAACAAUGACUUUUUACCUGUUGUAAUCAUUUAUAUUUACGAAAGAAUUCUCGUGCACUGGGGAUUCAACGAUUCGGCUUGUGUUAUAUUUUUUGAUGAUUGAGUCGAUGUAAGGCAUUGAGUGUUGUCAUGCAAAUAGUUUAUGAAAAUUAUGGAAUAAUGUAGAAUUUUAUGCGAGUAUUGGAGUUCGAAUGAACAACGGUGCCGAGAUUACCCCGCGAUGUAUAUCUUGUAUAUCAAUAAAACCAUGCGAUUAUCGUUAA